UACACAGCUGUAAUAUUACCUAUGCAUGUGUUCGUAUAAUUUUUGUGGCAUCUGGUGCAACUUUCGCGUGUUUAGUAAUUCCUAGUUAAAUGACACUAAAAUGUUUAUAUAUUAUACUGUGAUUUCAACUGGGUUGUGAUAAAUUAAAUUAAUUGUAUUUUGUAAUAUUUAUUAAAGGAUUUUUUGGAAUGGUUCAAUGAAUUAUAAUCGUUGACCCCACACAAAGUGAAAGAAGCUGAACGGGGGGGGCGGAAGCAAUAUGCGGCUGAGGAUUGUCCAGAAGAAGCAGCAUCCGUCGCCAAUGAACAAUUGAAACAUGACAGCGACAGCGAACGGUGCAGCCAGUCCGGGUAACGCAACAGAUGGUGGCGUCGUGGGGGCGGGUGUACCUGGUAUUCCGUCAUGCUCGUCUUCGUCCUCGAUGUCGACGCAGGCGCCACCUGCCACCGCGGCGACAUCGGGCACGAAUCAAGGCCACUGCAAGGGCCACCGCCGACAGGAGUCGAUGUACGCGAUGACCGGCCUCUACUCCGAGUCGGUGCCGGAGCAGGACGACGUGCCCGACACCAAAUGCACGACCACGUUUUGCCACGACACUGUCAUCAAGUGUCAUAGCAGGAACCCGUCGGCGGGUUUCGACAGAGAGAAGGCUGCACACAAUACAACAUAUACUAAUGAACAACCAGCUGUGAUAAUAAGGGAUACAAAAGAAUGUGGCAUACUAUCAUGCCGACCUUCUUUUAUUCAAAAAUAUGCAGGAAUUAAGUUUUUCGUUUUCCUAUUGUCAUUCCUUGUCACCUUACAACAAGCGUUGAGUUCUGGAUAUAUAAAUUCUGUGAUAACAACUAUAGAAAAGCGCUUUGAGAUACCGUCUAGCCUGUCCGGCUUGGUCGCCUCGUCCUACGAAAUAGGCAACGUCAUCACGGUGAUCUUCGUCAGCUACUUGGGCAGCAGGCGACACAUACCGGUUUGGAUAGGCGUCGGUGCCGUAAUAAUGGGCAUCGGGUCCCUGAUAUUCAUGGUGCCCCAUUUCAUCGCCGACGAGAAUGUUAUCGUCCAAACCAACAACUCGGAGGAGAACAUGUGCAGGGUGGAGCUGGACCAGGAUCAAGACAUGGGAUUGGGACGGCUGUCCUCGGGGCUGUCGUCCCCGCCGCUGGCGCCCAACAAUCUCAGAGGGGAUAACUGCAUUCAAGGCUCCCCGUCGACCACAGGUCCCGUUCUCCUGUUCAUCCUCGCUCAGCUGUUGUUAGGCUGCGGGGGUUCCCCACUUUUUACCUUGGGCACCACUUACAUUGACGACCAUGUAAGGCCUGAGAGUUCUUCAAUUUACAUAGGUUGUAUGUACAGUAUGGCAGCAUUUGGUCCUGUCUUAGGAUUCUUACUCGGUGCCUAUUUGCUCUCAUUUCACAUGGACUCUCUCAGUAAAAUCAUAUCAAUAGAUGCGGGUGAUAGUCGUUGGGUAGGUAUGUGGUGGGGAGGCUUCCUACUCGGCGGUUUGCUUCUGAUUCUUGUCUCUAUACCGUUCUUCUCGUUUCCGAAAGUUCUCACUCACGAAAAGGAGAAAAUAAGACUUAUGGAGAAGGCCGCCAAUGCUGCGUCCUCCAGCAGUACCAACCAAAAGAAUGUCAACACCAAGAAUGACUCCGGUUAUGGCAAAGAUGUUAAAGACAUACCCAGAUCAAUGUGGCGACUAGCAUCGAACCCAGUUUACAUAGUUACGUGUUUAGGAGCCUGCAUGGAACUUAUUAUUGUGUCGGGUUUCGUUGUGUUCUUACCAAAGUAUUUAGAGACUCAGUUCAGCUUGGGCAAGAGCCAAGCUAGCGUAUUCACAGGUUCAAUAGCGAUUCCGGGUGCCUGCAUAGGUAUAUUCAUGGGGGGUUGCAUAUUGAAGCGCAUGGAACUGCGUCCGAAGGGCGCGGUGCAAUUCGUCCUAAUCUCGAACAUAAUCUGUUUGAUAUGUUACGCCCUGCUGUUCUUCUUGGGCUGCGACAACCUGAAGAUGGCCGGUACGACAAUACCGUACUUCAACAGCACGCACACCGAACCGUUCCAAGUCAACCUCACGUCGUCCUGUAACUUCGGUUGUGAAUGUAGCAUGAACGACGUCGAACCAGUUUGCGGUAACAACGGACUUACUUACUUCAGUCCGUGUCACGCUGGAUGUACAUCCAUACUAAGUUCUAACUACACCAACUGUGCCUGUAUACAUGGAAAUAUGAGUUUGUUGAGCGAGAGCAAGUAUGCAGAAGUCACUGUGGUACCGGUGGCGACGGCAGGUCCAUGUAAUUCAUCUUGUCGUACCAUAUAUCCAUUUUUGAUAUUAUUAUUCUUUAUGACGUUUAUUGUGGCCAUCACGCAGAUGCCACUUCUUAUGAUAGUGUUAAGGUCCGUCAACGAGGAGGAGAGGUCGUUCGCCUUGGGCAUGCAAUUUGUGAUAUUCAGACUGUUCGGGUACAUCCCGGCGCCGAUACUGUUCGGCAAUUUGAUUGACUCUACGUGUCUAUUGUGGAAGAGUACUUGUGGUACCAAGGGCGGACGUUGUCUGCUCUACGACAUCGAACAGUUCCGGUACAAAUACGUGGGACUUUGUGCGGGCAUCAAGAUCUUAGCCCUGGGUAUUUUUAUGAUUGACUGGUGGUUGGUCAGACGCAGAAAGCAACUUGACGAGGACAAUGUUAUCACUGCUAAUGAGAUCGUCGGUUCAAUCAUUAGCUUAGAUAAAUUGUUUGAGGAAGGGACCCACUGGACUGGUCAUAGAAGGAACCUCAGUUCUGCCAGUGCCUACGAAUGUCCGAGUUCACCGAAGCAGGUCGACAAGGAUAAAGAAAAAGAGAAGGAAAAGGAACAAGUUGAGGAGAAGAAAGUUGCUUCGGAGGCAGCGGAAAUUCCAAAACAAGAGGAAGAAGCGGACGAAAAGACGGAUAACUAAAUUAAACGAGAGUACUCUUUGCUCUUGACUAGUUGUUUACCAUUUCGGUACUAGAUUGUUGCAAACAAGCGAAACUAGUAAAAUUGCAAGUUGAUUAGACCACCCUAAUCUUAAAUAACGUCACUGUAGACUUACUUAAGAUACAUCACUUAAAAAAAAUAAUCCUGCCUUAUGACACUUUUUAAACAAAACGCUAGUAGCUAUUCUUACUCUUGGACUAAAUACUCUAAAUUAGAUUUAAAUCUCAUAAUUUUACUGUGGUAUUUUUAACUUAUAUCCAAAUAAUAGACUCCAAGCAUAGACACAAUGAGACUCACCAUGAAUUUAACAGGGUACUGUGUUAACUUUUUUGUCGACCCGUGUAGUCAUAAUUUAUUUUAGUUUAAUUAACAUUGUGUAAAUCUUUGGUUUCUAUAAACGUUUAAUUGUUACGUGUAUCCCAUUUUAGAUGGGUACCACAUGCCAUAGACCCAGUGAUGCCAUUCAACCUAAAUAUCAAAUAAUUGGAGUCCUCUAUGAAACUUGUAUGUUUCAUAUCAAUGAAUCCAAUUUUAACGGCUACACUGUUAAUAAUUUUACGAUCUAUAGUUAACAAUUUGUCAUGUGAUCUCAAGGUCAAUUUAAGAAUUAGUUUAACUACUCAAAUUUUAGGCAAUAAUUUGAGCUUACGUUUUGAUAGUCUGAAAAUUGAUAUCGACCACUUAAGCUUAUCUAAAUCUAUGGAAACUAAACAUUCCAUUACAAAAAAAAAGAAUUUAGUUACUACUAAUACAUGUCGUGUAAUCUAAUUUUAAAAUCCUACACUUGAAAAUAUUUUUGUAUUUUAAAGACAUCAGUCAUGUUUACUAAAAAUCUCUUAUUACGAAAAAAAAGCAUGAGAUCUGUAUGUCUUAAAAAAAAAUUAGUUAGGUUGGAUUGGGAAUGUCUCACAACUCAAUGUUCUUAGAAUAAUUAAGAGGUCGGGAUAAUUUUGGUAUUGUCGAAAUUAUUCUGACCUAUUAAAUGUGAAUGUUGAAUAAAUUUCAACGUCUCCCACACCUAGCCUAGUUUAAAUAGACGAAAUUCAGUUUGGUUCAGUUCUUAAGGUUGUACUUAUAAAAUUAGUUGUAACUUAUGCAAUAAUUUAAAGACAGUGCCACUUUUAAGAAAUACUUCACUAUACUAGGAAAUUACUUCAACUAUUUCAAACUAAUCUAGAAAAAUCUAUUCUAACAUCACAAUAGCUUUUUCUUCAAGAAAAAUAAAUAUAUAUAGGCGCAAAAAAAUAUAAUGAAGAGAUUGAAUUAAUGCAAUUUUCUGUUACGUUUCAUUAAAGACAUUGUUUUAUAUUUUUUUAUACGUUUAGACUAUUUUGUUAAUGUUCACUUUAUUACGGCAAAUAAAGACAAAAUGAGGAUUUCUUAAAUUCUCCACACUGAUAUUAUUUAGUGAUUUCAUUUCGAAUUGGUUCAGUAAUUAUUUUUUUUUUGCUUUAACCAUUUUACUAUUUUUUAUUUACCUAAUCACUGAAAUAAAACUAUUUAUAUAUUUGA